UUCUUUAGCCGAUUUCAUCAGCCGGUCGGGUGGGUUCCUCCAGCGUGUACCUGGUUACCCAUUCAUCCAUCUCCUGGCAGUGGACUGCUUUUUGUGUUAGUACUCAGGCAGUCAAUGCUUUUGAAUGUAUCUUCAGCUGUGUUGUUAAGGAGACGCUCUAUUUUUCAUUUCUGUCAGUUCAGCCGGCAAUUACUCCUGCCUUCCUGUCAGCAACAUCAAGUUUUUGCACAGCUGUACAAGCAGAAGCAUCAUUGUUUGCGGGCUGCCUACAGGAGCUUUUCUUUUUUAAAAACAGUUACAAGUCGCAUACCGUCCACUGGGACUAGACACAGAAAGAAAGGCACUCCAUCACCUUCUGACCACCAGUGUAAGAUGGAACACAACGUGGAAGAAGUGCUUGCACCUCUGCGGCAGGCAGUCAAGGAACAGGGUGACAUUGUACGCAAAUUAAAAGAGAACAAAGCUCCGGAGGUGGAUAUAGGGAAAGCAGUGGCAGAACUUAAAGCACGCAAGAAGAUCCUGGAGGCAAAGGAGUUGGCUUUACAACCCAAAGAUGAAGUUGUUGACCGAGCUAAAAUGGAAGACACACUCAAAAGAAGGUUCUUUUAUGACCAAGCCUUUGCUAUUUAUGGAGGUGUGAGUGGUUUAUAUGACUUUGGUCCAGUUGGGUGUGCAUUAAAAAACAACAUUGUUCAGAUUUGGAGACAGCAUUUUAUACAGGAAGAACAGAUCUUGGAAAUUGACUGCACCAUGCUCACUCCUGAACCUGUGCUGAAGACAUCUGGUCAUGUAGACAAGUUUGCAGAUUACAUGGUAAAGGACCUUAAGAAUGGAGAGUGUUUCCGUGCGGAUCAUCUUUUAAAAGCUCAUCUUCAAAAGUUAAUGUCUGACAAAAAGUGUCCAGCGGAGAAGAAGGCUGAGAUGGAAAAUGUUAUUACACAGAUGGACAACUAUGGGCAACAAGAACUUGCUGAUCUGUUUGUUAACUACAAUGUGAAGUCGCCUGUUACAGGAAAUGACCUUUCACCCCCUAUCUCUUUUAAUUUGAUGUUUCAAACUUCCAUUGGACCUGGGGGUAACACACCAGGAUAUCUGAGGCCAGAAACUGCCCAAGGCAUAUUCCUAAACUUCAAACGCCUUCUUGAAUUUAACCAGGGUAAACUACCUUUUGCAGCUGCUCAGAUUGGAAACUCCUUUAGGAAUGAAAUCUCACCGCGCUCAGGACUUAUUCGAGUCAGAGAGUUCACCAUGGCUGAAAUUGAGCAUUUUGUAGAUCCAAGUGAUAAGCAGCAUUCCAAAUUCAAAAAUGUUGCUGACCUGCAGAUUCUGCUGUACUCAUCCAAAGCACAGACUUCUGGACAGUCAGCCGAAAAGAUGCGACUUGGAGAUGCUGUUGAUCAGGGAAUAAUAAACAACUCUGUCCUGGGCUACUUUAUUGGAAGAAUUUACCUCUUCUUAGUCAAGGUUGGUGUGUCUCCUGAUAAGCUGCGAUUCCGACAGCAUAUGGAAAAUGAGAUGGCCCACUAUGCAUGUGAUUGCUGGGAUGCAGAGUCUAAAACAUCUUAUGGGUGGAUUGAAAUUGUUGGCUGUGCUGAUCGAUCCUGCUAUGACCUUUCAUGCCAUGCUCGAGCUACCAAGGUGCCUCUUGUGGCUGAGAAGCCAUUGAAAGAACCCAAAACAGUAAAUGUAGUACAGUUUGAAGCAAAUAAAGGAGCCAUUGGUAAAGCGUACAAAAAGGAAGCAAAGUUGGUAUUGGACUACCUGGGUAUCUGCGAUGAGUGUUACAUUACCAAAAUGGAAAAGUUCCUAACACAAAAUGGUGAAUUUACAAUAGAAACAGAAGGAAAAACAUUUACACUAACGCAGGAUAUGGUCAGUGUGAAGAGGUUCCAGAAGACAUUGCAUGUUGAAGAAAUUAUUCCAAAUGUUAUUGAACCAUCCUUUGGUAUUGGUCGAAUAAUGUAUACUGUUUUUGAGCACACAUUCCGCAUCAGAGAGGGGGAUGAACAAAGAACUUACUUCAGCUUUCCUGCCACUGUUGCACCUUUCAAAUGUUCUGUCCUCCCACUGAGCCAGAAUCAGGAAUUUAUGCCUUUUGUACAGCAGCUUUCUGAAGCCUUGACAAGGAAUGGUGUGUCGCACAAGGUGGAUGACUCCUCUGGUUCCAUUGGUAGACGCUAUGCCAGAACUGAUGAGAUUGGGUUGGCAUUUGGCAUUACUAUCGACUUUGACACUGUUAACAAAACACCUCACACUGCCACUUUGAGAGAUCGUGAUUCCAUGCGUCAGAUUCGAGCAGAGAUUUCAGAACUGCCUGCCAUAGUACGGGACUUGGCCAAUGGUUUCUUAAGCUGGAGAGAUGUGGAGGCCAAGUAUCCAUUGUUUGAAGGACAGGAGACUGGCAAGAAGGAUACAAAUGAAGAAUAAGCUGCUAAGGAAUUUCAUAACCUGUCCUGCUCUGUUCAUAGGAAAUAACAUUUUAUCUGGGACUUCACACGUUUUGAGCAAUUUUCUGUUCAGGGACACUUUAUUCUUUUAUGGCUGCCUAGUAAUACAAAUCUAAAAGACUGGUGUCUUGAUAAAAUGGAAACAUUCUUUAAUUAAAAAUGAUGAGCUUUA